AUAUGCGCGCUGCAAGCGGCUUACGCAUGAGAGCUGGGCAUUGUUGUGUUUGCGCUGGUGGCAGGAGAUAAAUAGAAGAGUUAUUAAUAGUCGUUAUGCAAUUUUUACGGACGAUGCGUGCCGGAGAGCAAACAUGUUAGCGAGCUAUCGAGUUUAUUACUUUUUUGUCUUUCGCUAAAAACGUGGUUUCAGGUUGAGCAAAUUUAAAAUUUAAAUAACUGGAAUCGCACAUGGCUCGAUUUCGAAAAGCAAUAUCAGAUCGCGUUCUCUGUUUACAAUCGAGUAUAAUUCGAUUCGCUGUUUACGUUGUAAGCAUCGGGAGUCAGGUGUAGCGUGAUUUUUUUUUUGUAUUUCACUCCAAAAAAUAUAAAAAGUUUUAUCGUAAAUUGCCUUCUUCAUUAUCGCAAUCAAACGAGCGUCGAUCCAUCACCAAGAGCCACAGCUCUCGCUGAGUGUCGCAUUAUGACUGAUAUAACACGCAGUCAUGUAACCCGUCUCGCUAUACAUCUCGCCUUUGUUCCGCGAAAACAACGUGAAAAGAUAAUAGAAUGAAAGCAACGCAGCGAAUUGAGUUAUACUGCAACAGCAGCGCAGAAGAGAGUCCGGGCUGUUGCACUCUUCUGCGUUGAAUCAUUCACGCGCAACGUGUUUCCUUCCUCCUGAAAAACACAGAGUUCGCAGGGCGAAGCUUCGGUCCCGAUAAAUUUUUCAAAAUCGACGCACACUGCACGUCUCACUCCUCCGGGCUUCUCUACCCACCCAUCAACCAUUCACGAGCCACGAGAUCUCUCGGAUUUUCCGAUACGUUGCACGAUUGAAUUUUUCCCUCCGAUCCACAGGCACGUGCACCGGGAACACUUAUAUAUAGUAUACGAUCUCAAGGUAAACCGAUGACAAGAUCCGCUGCAUCUCGUAGAGAUUCGAACGAUAAUCGACGUAUUGUAGCGAGGCUUUGCGAAAAUAUACGCUGGAGGACUUUUCUUCGUGUCUCGCUCGUCGCGGCGCAUUUAGGACUGUAGCUAUGCGCUGCACUUUAUCCUACUCCGUAUUGUACGUGCUUCAUCGGGGAUUCCGCUCGCGUGACUUUUUCAAACAAUCUAUGAAAUGUAUAACAGCCGCACGUGUGUCGAGAAAUUGCAGUAGGACAGGUGCGCUGGAAACUGCGAGUUUUGUCAUUGCGAGGGAGUAUGGUAUUAUAUUGUGUGUAAUACUUACGGCGGUAAAGUGUGACGCAAGACGUAUCCGAGAUGUUUUCCCCCGCGACCGCAGAAGGUCGUGAGUCUAAGGAUGAAAGUAUUUUGCGUAUUUGUUUUGCGAAAAAAGAGAUAUCUCGGUCGCCGCGUGUUGCUGGUCUGUGUAGAGGAGACAAAAGCGUCGAUGUAACAUUGAGCGCGCUGGAUCUGUAGAGAAAUAUAUCUUCGUGUGUUAGGCCGCGUGACUCAAAGCUACGCGUGUAUAAGCGAGUUAAAGGCCGUAAUGUGAGUAAUGAUGUGUAAAAAUGUUCUAAUCAAGCUGAAGCGGAAAAUUGCGUCGAGUUAAUAUAUGCGUUAAUUGGAUGAGCUUCGAGUGGUCAUAUCUUGAGUUUUUAUAUUUGUUUGAGACAUGAAUUGUGCAUUAGAGGAGAUUGUUAUUUGAAAUGUUAGAUAUACUGAAGAGCGACACAGAUACUACAAGUUUUUCCUUUGCUUCGUAUAUUCACGUAAUAUUUGAAAAUAAGGUCAGAAUAAGGUAGCUUAUACUAUAAGUUUCUCGACAGCAUAACAUAUUCCGCGACGAAUUUAAAUACCUUCUACAAGAUGAUUCCAUGAACAAUAUACACACAAAAGAUAUAAAGUUAAUUCCAACUGUCUGCGAGAUGACACGUCCUUCUAUAUACUCAGAUUCAAAGUUUCCCUACCGCUGCAGCGCAUAUAGUUACAACUUUCUGACGCUUUCUUAAUUAGACUAAAAUCGCUAACUUCGCACACGGGAGCUUACCGUACGAAUUUCCACUUUUUCCGCUCUGAAAUACAAACAACAAUAGUAAACACAAUUAGCAACAUUCUACGACUUCGUCGCUGAAAAGUUCGCUCUCGCUCAUGUACAGCGAAAGACAAACAAAAGCUCGAUUUAUACGCGUGCGCGCGUUUCUUUCGCUCGCGUUUCACCUAAGCGAUAUUGUUUACGCGCGUGCGUAUAUACUUUUCCAACCUUCGCCUGCGCACACGCGCGCAAGUUCGAAGCGGGACGUAAAAAAAGUUAAUUUCACGCAAAUAUACUCGUGCAUAAACAAACGCGCGACUCAUUUGAUAUUCCGCAGCGUGUAAGUUAUAUCGAUCAACCAAACCACUUCUUCUUCUCUUUUUUUUCUUCAGACGGCCGACACAAGCCGCAUCUAACAAUUUUCUAUGUUACAAGCAGAAAUCCAUGUCUUUUCCGCGUUGCCCGCGUUGCGCAAUUGCUGGCGGGGAGCAUGAGAAAAAGCGAAUUCGCGAGUCGUCUAAUUUUCGACACGAUCAUCGCGUGCGGCUCCCGCCGUUAUAUAGCACAUAUAUACACACACUUCUCUUCUGGUUAUCGCGCUGUUGUAUAUAUACGUAUAGAUCCGCACUUGUAUGCAGUAUAUACGUACAGCGUAGAGUGCAAGCGGGCUAUAGGUUCGCGAGGCGGUCACGUGGUGCGCGCGAGUUGCUCGCGGAGUAGGGACUAUAUACACUGAAAUCAAAGGUGCUUUGUCGGUACUCCGGUUCGUCUAGUCUCGGUGUCCAGAGGCCAACGGAGUCGAGUCGCUUUUCUCCAGCGACUUGCCGAACGACCGGCCCAAGUUCGUGGUGAUUGUCGUCUCAUCUGCAAAGCUCUCUCGGUUUCCCCGACCGUAUAAUCAGUACCCAGUCCGUACGCGCACUAAUUGAAGCUCAGCGCCAUGAAGGACCAAGCGGUUCCGACGUCCGUGUCGGUCAUCAGCGAGUCGGUGGAGCAGAUCGAGCAGAAUCUGCCGAAAAAGCCAAUAACAGACUCCGCCGAGGUGAUCGCCAACGUCGAGAGCGACGACGACAGCGGCUUCCUCAACGCAUCCAACGGUUCUCUGAACGCAUGCGAAGCCGAGGAGGAGGAUAUCCCCUCGUGGCGUUUGAAAAUCCCGGCGAAACGCGAAGCUAUGACCGACGAAGAGGUGGCCACUACCCUGAAGACCAUGUGGUCCGAGGCGGACAGCAUCGAGCCUCUGGAGAAGCGGAAAAAGUGGGUGAUGGAACGUCUGACCGAAGCUUUCGGAAACGUACUUCCGGAGCCACUGCUCGAGAUCUCGGCGGCUUUCGUUUUCGAGGGUGACACCGGCAUCAGCAUGGACAUCAGGCCCGAGUGGCUCGACAUGGACAAGUUCCGCAGGGGUCAGAAGUUCGCGGUUGACAAUAUCUUCGGGCUGUUCUACUCGGAGCUGUUGUCGCUCUUCAUGGUCUACUCUUUCGAAGACGGCUUCAAGUCCAUCCUCGUCACCGGCAACUCCAGCACGCCUUACGCCUGCUUCAAGAGAUACCUGUCCACCGCCUCGAGGUUCUACAACUGGUACUCGCACGACGUGUGGACACCGGGCAAUCCGGGCUACGACGACAUGCGGGCCGUGCGCAGGAUCCACUCGCUGAUGCGAAAAAAGCUCGAGGCCAUGCCGAACGAGGAGCUCGAGAGCAAGAUCAAGAUCGAGAACCCCUGGUGCCCGGCCCUCGACAUAGCGCGUCGGGACUUUCAGUCCACCUGUCCGGCUCCGGCUCCCAACCAGUGUCCCUACACGAUCCUCAGCAAGUACCCCAAUAUCAGACACAAGGCUCUGAACCAGGGCGAGAUGGCGGCCACGCAGUUCGCCUUCAUAGCUCUGACCGUCCUCAGUCCCAAGACCUUCGGUCUGCAUGACGCGACCGACGAGGAUCUCGAGGCUUACUGUCACCUCUGGCGCGGAUUGGGAUACCUUCUGGGAGUGGACGACGACUUCAACUUCUGCCGGGGCACUUUGGAGGACGUGAAAGCUCGCUCGAGGGACUUCAUCGAGUUCUGGGUGAAGCCGAAUUUCAGGGACAUCCAGCCGGAGUGGGAGCACGUGAUGAGGUGCAUGAUCGAGGGCAUACAGUACUACUUUCCCGGCUCGACCUACGAGACCUGCCUCUGCGACCUGGCCGAUGUGCUGAACCUGCACAUACCCAGGUUCUACAGCGCGCUGUCCUACGCUUCUUGGAUCAGGCACGGAUUCAUCAGGUUCUUCUUCGACCACGGCAGCAAGUGUGCCCCACUCCGAGGAUACCUGAACAGCCAGUUGGUACAGUCGAUGGAAAGAGCGAGACAGUACGACGAGAAGAAGCUCAGCGAAUUGCAAGAGAAGUCGGCAAAAACUUUAAAAACCGUCGCCGCGGAGAAGGAGAAGUGCUCGGCGUCGAUGAGGGAAUGCUUGGAGUAAUUAAAAAAUUAUUUCUCCGAGCGCAUUGUUACACAUAGAAUUGGCUGUGAUAGUAUUAACCCAUUUACGAGAUAUACUACUAUAUUAUACUCUGUUUCUGCAAUAACCAAUGCGCGGGGCCUCUUUUUUUUUGUUUGUUUUUGAGCAAUAUAUAUAUAUAUAUAUAUAUAUAUAUACACACAUAUAUUAUACGAGUGCGCUGAAUAGCAUUGUGUACGCGUAAACACUCUGUGAAACUGGAGUAAUAGAUCGGGAAUUACGCAAGUUUCUUACCUUUGUACAUAGGUGUCUUGUGUAGGCCAGAGGAUAUCGAUAUAAUAGGCAAUAAAAUAAGCGAACAACAACAGGUGCAGGUUGCUUUUUUUCUAUCAGACGUGAGAAAGUGGGUGACACACAGUGCGCAAUAAGCCGCGAGUACAACGUAAUAAGCCAAGCGAGCAAUGCUCAUUUUUAUCAGUCGAAAAUAACACCGGGGCGCGUGCAAUAAUAAACAGAUUGCAAAAUUUUGCUUUACGAGAGCGUCAAUUGCAUUAUUGGGAGUCUCACGAUCUAGGUAUAUAUAGAUGCUGUGUCGAAAGAAAUAAUUGAACGGAGUUUUAAGACUAGCUCGGAGAUGAUUGAAAUUUUUUGAUAUAGUACUUUUUUGAUACUUGUGUAGAUGGUUAUAGUGGAAAAUGAUCUAACGUUACACUAUUCUUAAUGUAUUGUUUUGAAUUUUGCAUGACCUAUGUUAGUCAAUAUGCACGUUGGUGCAAUAUUUGGGUUUCAUGACACCAUAAUAAUUUUUUUAGAUGAACAGGGUACCUACUAUAUUAUAAUUGCCAUGGCGAUUUCAGCAAUUGAAGUAUUACGAUAGAAUGUCGAUAUUUACAGAAUACCUAAGUUUGUCAAUAUCUGCACAAGAAUAAAAACAUUCACACGGCGAUGUCAAUGUGUGCAUUUUACUUUGCGAUUCUUGUGAUUCGAAUAAAGAUGUUAUUUUAUUUGGAUUUUGUGUUAUAAGACAAUCUUUUACAACAUUCAAAACUCACACGUCACUGCUUUUUGCUUCGUUUUGAUAUCGUGUAUAAAAAGUGGUAGAUAUGCAUUAAUCCUUGAAUAAAUGAUGGCCAUAGCCUAAAGAGCUAGAGAUCUUUCAAA